CCAUACAUGCAUACAAACUCUCAACCAGAAAUCAAAAUGCGCUGCUGUGCCCUUCCUAGUUCUUAUCACCAUCACCGAUUAACAUCGCCACCCAAAACAAUUUUCCAAUUCCCAUCCAAUACAACAACCCGCUACUAUUCGCCCAAACCCGACAUUAUUACCAAUCCGACCCGACCCGCGUUGCGACUGAGCCUCAGAGCAAAUGCUUCUACGUCGUCGUUCGAUGCGUUAGCGGUGGCGACGGAGGAAGCGAAUGCGAGCUUGUACGAGGUUCUUGGCGUGCCGGAGUGGGUGGCGGUGGCGGAAUUGAAGCAGGCGUACAAGAAGCUUGCGAGGAAGUUCCAUCCGGACGUGUCGCCACCGGGUCGGGUUGAAGAGUACACAAGGAGGUUUAUUCGUGUGCAGCAGGCCUACGAGACUCUCUCUGAUCCCGCAAUGAGAGAGCUCUAUGAUAGAGAUAUGGCUAUGGCCGUCAAGUUCCCCUUCUCCUCUCGCUUCGGCCACCGCCGCGCCACCACCUUCCACCGUCAACAUCCCCACCCUCACUGUCACACGGUUAUGGAACAAAGAAGUGAAUGGAAAACUCAAUGGGAGUCACAACUCUAUGGGCUGAAGAGAAGAAGCAAAAUAAAAAAUAGUGGAGUCAAUGAUUCUUGGGCAGCAAAAAUGCGAAAUAUUAAUAAUAACGUUUUUGUCGAGGAAGAAACUAUUUUCACUCCUCCUGUUUAAUGUUAUGUAUUUUUU